CACUUGUUCCAAGACCUGUUAAUUCAAUCAUAGUACCUCGUCCUCCUGGUGAUGGAAAUCCACAUGCACGGAUAGUGUGUGAGGUAGCAGUGAGCCAAAAUGUUGGUCAUUUGAAAGAAAGGUGCUUGACUUGGAUGCGCCAACAAUAUGUUCGUGCUGUUAUAAGUAUCAAAAUUUUAGAUCCAAGAGCAGGGAUUCGAGAACCUGGAACUGGUUAUUUUUAUAGAACAAUGACGGCAAAACUUUAUUGUCAAGGAAUGGAAAAACAAGAAUGGGAUUUUGGAAAU